CUGUUUGAAGGCUCUACUAGAGUGAACAGUUUUCAGGGUUUCUGGGUGACCGUACCACAGAUAGGCACGUCAUUCAUUUACACCACCGUCUACGAGAAGUUACGAGCUGUUCUACAACAGGAUUUCGGUAUGAAGUCUGUGGCCGGCAUUUCGAGCAUAUCCGGUGGAGCAGCAAGUUUUGCAUCUCAGGUGAUUUUUGUGCCCACCGAUAUCAUAUCCCAGUUCAUGAUGGUAUACUACAACGCCGAUAAGUUCAUCUCAGGAAACGACAAGGCUGUUAUCGAGUACUUACGUAAUGAAAAGAACCCUCGUCUAACACUGGGAUUACGUUGUCUAAGAGCAAUAUAUAAAGUUGAUGGGCUGAAAGGAUUCUAUCGUGGAUUUUGGGCGUCAAGUCUCGUCUAUGUGCCAUCAUGUCUCGUUUUCUGGCCUGUAUAUUACUGGUGUCAGGACUUCUUCAAUUUUCUGCGACGUCAAUCAGCUAAGGAAGGCCAAGGUCCUCUGAUUUUGGAUCAAGCUGCUGCAGCUACAAUCGGAGGGGCCUGUUCGACAAUAUGUACGAACCCGAUGGAAAUGUUUCGCAUCAGGCUUCAAGUACAUCGCAGCGAUUAUGCAGAGACCUUGGCAAGAAUCCUCAGGAACGAAAGACAAUACAUGUUCACUAAAGGUUUGGCUCCUAGAUCGGUUCCCUUAGAGGCUAUUUAUGUAGAGCUGACUGACUUCGUGUCUUUUGGUUUGACCAUCGCUGGGGAUAUCGUGGUGCUAGUAAUGGAACAUAGACGCGAGAACUGUGGCAUGUCAUCGGAGGAGUCCGAAGUGUUCGACUUGACGUCUAAAGAUCAGCUUCUCGUCAUCCAAUGGGAGCAUCUUAAUCUCUGGCGUUUUUACCCGCUUGCUCUUGCCAGCUCGUGGUCGAUACGAUGUUUUCUCUAUCCCAUGUAG